CAUUAGUACUCUAAAAAAAUUUAUCUAAAAUAUCUUUUUUUCAUGUUUUAUUUGUUUGUUUAGCUCACAUAUAAUUAAAAAGUAUGCAUUCAUGUGUCUGUAAUAUAAUAUAUUUGCCAAAAACGAAUGUAGAGAUUAAUAAACGCAUUUCUAUAGCUUAGAAAAUAUAUAUAUACUGUAUACAUUUAUUUUUUUUACAAUUGAGGAGUACCAAGAUAGCUACGCGGGUUUAUACACAUCAUUGAGUUUACCUCGACGUUUGGCCAUCAAUACUCUCUGUAGUGGUGUCCGUAUGGCGCGUUCGUAUAGAUCACGUCACAGUAAGACGACACAUGUUGUGUGGGUUUUGACAACCACCAAAAAGCUAUACAAACUGUUAAACAUACAGAGGUGAAUAUGGCGGACGUUUCUGAGAGGACGCUCCAAGUUUCAAUCGCUAUUUCUUUCGCGGUAGGCUUCCUUUCUGGAUGGCAGGCCAGCCGAGCGAGGAGGAAGUUCUUGGAUUGGAGAAAGAAACGGCUACAGGAUAAACUCUCAGAAACACAGAAGAAACUGGAUUUGGCACGAGAGUAGAGUGUGCUGUGUCAUCACCAAAAUAUACACUACCGGUCAAAUGUUUUUGAACACC